CAUAGAAGAGCAUAUCUGCUCUUUGCACGCAGUAAGUGAAGGGAGCUGCACAUCUGUAUUCAUGCUCAAUAUCCUCUUAACUUGGGAGUUCCUGAGACUCCUUUGUCUUAAGUAGACAUUCAAGUGGGAUAGCAAGGCUUUGGUUGGCUAAGACCCUCUAUGUUAGGAAUUUGGCAUUAAUAAGGGCGCUAACAGAGGAUCAAGGAAAUAAGUGUGAUACAGAAAUACAAAACCUUUGAUAUGGGGUUUUUGGAACUUUUUUCAUGAAUACUGAUUCUAUUAUAUCAAGUGAAUUUGCAAGUCUUUUUUGGCGAUAUAUCUUUCUUUUGUCAAAUUAUUUGAGACGUGUUGUUGUUAAAUAUCUGACCGAAGCGAAGAAGAUCAAAGAAUGACAUGAAGCGGAAGAAGUGAUAAAGAACAAUGAAAAAUUCUAUAUUUGGUGCCAAAGCAAAGAGCGGCAGAUAAUCACAGUAUUUGCUUUCAAAGACAGGAGUCUUUCGCCGUUAGGAAAUUCCCUAAAUCAUGUUUUAUCCAGGAAAUCGUCUAAGAAGAAAAGGUUCAAUAAUCCCCCAGUCCCCUCCACAACAGCCUCCAUCAACUCACUAUCUCACCUUGCCAAAGUUGACCGUGGGGGGAGGGGACGAGCUCUCAGACACAACGAAUAGUAUGACUACGUAUGAUGCUACCACCACAGGGACGCUGAGCCCAGACUUGAUGGAAGAGGUGAAUAAGGCUUUGUUUGAUCUCAAUAUGUCGGAUCAGGAGGCUAUUCUCGAGGAACAAAUGGGGAGCAAUGGCGAACUCGAGUCAAAACAACCGAACGCAACACUCAAACCCGUGGGACUUAGCGAUGAAGAGGAGAGAAAUAUCCAAAGACAGGUCCACGAAAGUCUAGUAACAGAAUAUCAAAAGAUAUACGCUGAGGCGAAUAGAAAACAGAAGAAAAUUAGAAAGACAUUUAGGCAUUUUAUAGAAGAGGCUCGCACCGCUUUGAUCGCAUCGCGCAUUGAAGCUGAGCGUGCAAGCAUUAACCGUCUGGCGCAGAACGCUGAGGUGCAGCAAGCGGUGAUUCUACAACAACGAAUAGAGAGGAAGAACACAGAGCGAUGCGAGUUUGGCGCGACCUGUAAUGAGUGCGAUGUAUCACGUGGUCACGCCGAGGAAGUGGCGAUCUUGAGAAAAAUCCGCGCGGACCUGGACCGAGCACGUGCAAGACGCAUGCAUUCCCUCCGAGCUGACGUCAAGAAACGGAAGAACAAGACGAAGGUGGUGAAUCUACUGCAUUUCGAGAUCCGUAAGUUGGAGCGUGCGCACGAGGUUCAUAACCUCAUCCUUGAACUCCACUCGCUCGGCCUACAGGAAGUGGCGCAAUCACUCACGCAUGCGCUCUCGUCCAAAGAAACAGCUGAGCAAGAACUGCGGGACAUACUGAAACGCGAAAAGGACGAAGCGAAAGCUAGGGCAGUGAAGAGGAAAAACGAAGAAGUUACGAGGCUCCGUAAUGAACGUCUAGAAGAGAAAAGACAAGAGGCAUUGAGAAAGUUGGAGCUUGAGAGGAUACAAAAAGAGCAGGAGGAAAAGGCAAAGAGAGAGCAGGUGUACGAGGCACUGAGGCGGAAAGCGAGGAAUCAGGAACGGAGAAAGUGGAUGGAGAUGAGUUUGAUGGGUUUGCGAACAAGUCGAUCGUUUACAUUCUCUUACUUCAAGCCAGUAGCCCCAAAUACGCCGAGAGACAAGAAAUAAUAUUUUAUAAGAUUUUUUUUAAAAUCAUGAUUCACAUUUAUACAUCUUUGAAACUUUUGGCCCUAAACACGAGAAGUUUUGGAAUAGAGGUGCCCUUAAGGGAGAUACGUCACGAGUCUUGCGUGAGCCACGCGGUUUUGCAAUAAGUCACCACUAGAAGGGAGAAGGAAACUAUGAAUUAAAGGGGUAGUGUCAUGAGUUUUUCGUGGGUCACGUUAAUAAAUCCGCUAUUAGUAAAGUGACUGAAGACAGA